GUGCCGCUGGCUUAAGUUUCGAAUUAAACUCGAAUCGCAAAACAUCUCCGUCAGUCACGUUGCUUGAGAUUUCCCGCUAAAACUCAUCGAAUGAACAAGGCACGAAAUGUCGUUUGCACUCUGUGACCGGGAAACGUAAUUUAGCGGAAGGAUAAUGGACGAUUCGCAACCAUCCACGUCUGGAAGAAGUAAACGUCAAAGGACUGAUAAGACUGGCAGGCUCUCGGCUCUGGAGAAAUUAAAGGAGGCCCGAAGUGGCAAGCGCAAAUAUGAGGUUGGAGAAUUGGAAAAUGUUUAUGAUGAGGUAGAUGAAAAGGAGUACAGUAAUACUGUUCUAAAACGCCAGCGUGAUGACUGGAUAGUCGACGAUGGAGGAAGUGGUUAUGUGGAGGAUGGAAGGGAGAUUUUUGAUGACGAUUUGGAUGAAGAAAGCAUUCAAGAAGCUAAAAGACAGAAGUAUAAUAUGGCUGGCCCUAGGAAAAAAAGGAAGGAAGAAGAGAGAAGAAAAGGAGAUAUUCAAAACAUGUUCAGGAAUAUGCCUUCUAAGAAGAGCAAUACAAAUUGCAAGGAUGAUGAUAUUUUAGGAGAGUUGCUCAGUGAGAUUUCUACAAGUAAGAAGACAGUAGAUAAUUCUAAGAGAAUCCAAGAGCCAAGAGAAAUUAAAAACAAAUUUUGCCACACGGUUCAUUCAGAUCUUGCAUAUAAAAACCAAUCUUCACCUGUAAAUCAAGAAGCAAAUGAUAAAAAGAUAAUUCAAAAACCGGAAGAAAAUGCAAGUCAAAUAAUUGAGGAUGAUGAUGAUACUGCUGCGAUAUUUGAUGCACCACAAAAGAAAAAUACCAAUAAACCAAUGGCAUCAAAUGAUGUUAGAUGUUAUCGGAAUAUGAGCCAGAGAAUUGAAGAUACCAAACUUGAGGAAAUGCAAGAAAACGGUAUAAGUAAACAAACAGAAUCAAAAGACACUAAACACUGUCAAAGUGCAAGUCAGUUGAUCGAUAAUGAAUCCAUGGAGGUGGAGUUAUGUAGUAUGUCGGAACUCGCGUCUGUAUGUUUGACAGCAGAAAAGAAGUCAAAUAUGGAUCUUAACGAAUGUGUCGGAGAUUUAUCUACUAUAGACUUCGACGAUGGGAGCAUGGAUGCCGAUUUUUCGUCUUCAGUAAACAGCGUUAAACCUCAGCAGAACAGGACGGACAUUACGCAAAAUGUUACGUGCAAGACUACCGUCAUAGGUAUAAAGGUCGGGAACGUGGUCGAUUUUACGGAAGUAGUACCGCAAUUGGUCAAGACGAAAGACGAGGUGGAGGUGUUCAGAUUUUACUAUCUAGACGCGUACGAGAAUCCUUAUAAGAAUCCUGGAACUGUGUACCUCUUUGGCAAGACCUACGUGGCUAGUCGUGAUAUGUACUGUUCCUGUUGCGUUAUGGUGCACUGUAUACCAAGAAGAAUAUAUCUCUUACCUAGAAAAUACUUGAAGACUCCUAAGAGUGGCGAGCCUCAAUUAACCACCAUAGAGGACGUCUAUAAAGAAUUCGAUGAGUAUGCUAGCAAGAUGCGUAUAAUGGAAUUUAACUGUAAAGAGACGAAGAAGCAUUAUUCCUUCGAAAAGGAGGGUACACCAAAGACGUCCGAUUACCUGGAGGUCAGAUACAACGCGCGUUAUCCAGCGAUCGAAGCCAAUUACUCUGGCCCGGCGAUCGAGCGCGUCUUCGGCUCGACGGUGAACGCAUUGGAAUUGUUACUGAUCGAAAGAAAAAUCAAGGGACCUGGUUGGCUGGAUGUAAAAAACGUGUCACCCACUGCGGGACGUUUCGCUUGGUGUCAACAGAUAGUGGUUACUUCGGACAUGGACAAUGUAUCGUUAUGUUCCCAAGAUAACGCCAAGCCGCCAAUGAUGAUAGCGACGUUAAAUGUGAGGAUGUCUUUGAACUCGAAGCUACAGAAUGAAGUUGUCAUGGUCGCGGUAUUAAUCCAUCACAAGUAUAACGUCGAUAAGGAACCACCAAAACCGCCCUAUGAUCGUCAAUUUUGCUUUGUCACACGGCCACGAGAUAUUUCAUGGCCACGACAAGUUCGGGAUGUGCUACCUAGGGUCCCGAAUACCGAAAUAAUAAAAUGCGAAACUGAAAGCGAAUUACUCGAAGAGCUGUUGACAUUGAUGCAAAAAGCAGACCCGGAUUUGAUAGUAGGCUACGAUUGUGCGUUUCAGUUCGACGUAUUGAUGCAAAGAAUGUUCGCUUUGAAAGUAUCGAAUUGGAAUAGGAUGGGAAGAUUAAAAUCCACAACUCCUCCUCUUCUUAGGGGCAAGAUCGUUCUCAACCAGGCAUUCGUUGGACGUCCAAUUUGCGACAUUCAAAUUUCGGCGAAGGAAUUAAACUUGAAAGUCAGAAGUUACGAUCUACUGUCGCUCUGCAGUGCAGUGUUAAAAACUAAGGAGCACGAGUGUAAGGAGAUCACGCCAGCGGAAACUCCGUUGUACUAUAAUACCGCGGACAAAAUAACAAGUCUAAUACAUGCGACGUUAAAAGAAGCAAAAUACAUAAUAACUAUGGUAAUGGAUCUUAAUGUUAUACCGCUAGCGCUUCAAAUCACCUGCUUGGCCGGUAAUAUCUUGUCGAGAACGCUAUUGGGUGGAAGAGCUGAGAGAAACGAGUAUCUGCUGUUGCACGCUUUCCACUUAAAAGAGUACGUAACACCAGACAAGAAGACCGAAAAGAAACGUGACAACGAUGGUCCUCGUAAGAAGGCUGCGGCGUACAUCGGAGGUUUAGUACUCGACCCGAAGAAAGGUUUCUACGACAAACUGGUGUUGUUGAUGGAUUUCAAUUCGCUAUACCCAAGUAUCAUACAAGAAUACAAUUUGUGCUUCACCACUGUACCCGGUGCGGCAUACGCUGAAGUCGAGCAUUUGAGUAUUCCCGAUUCAACUUUGGAGACUGGUGUGAUUCCGACCGAAAUUCACAAGUUGGUCAAGAGCAGACAGCAGAUCAAGCAGCUCAUGAAAACGCCGAAUCUUACACCGGAGCAGAGAAUGGAUUACCAUAUCAGGCAAAUGGCCUUGAAGCUCACUGCCAACUCCAUGUACGGAUGUCUAGGAGCGACGCAUUGUCGAUUUUACGCCAAAGGCCUCGCCGCUUUGAUAACAGCAAAGGGUCGGGAGAUUUUAGAAGACACGAAACACUUGGUCGAGAAGUUACAGUACGAGGUCAUUUACGGCGAUACAGACUCGUUGAUGAUAAAUACCAACAUUUUGGAGUACGACGAUGUUUUCUCGAUCGGCAGAAAGAUCAUGCGGGAAGUCAAUAACCGAUAUAAGAAGGUCGAAUUGGACAUCGACGGGGUGUUUCGGUACUUGUUGCUUCUACAAAAGAAGAAGUACGCUGCCGUUACGAUGACGAAGUUGCCGAGUGGGCAGCUGCAUUUGGCGCAGGAGCACAAGGGUCUGGACAUCGUCAGGAGAGAUUGGUGUCCAUUGGCUUGCGAGACUGGAAAAAAAAUUCUCGAUAUACUUCUGUGCGAUCAAUCGAGCGAGACGCGCCUGGAGCAGGUCGUGCAGAUUCUGCAGAACGUCGCGAAGAGCGUGAAGGAAGGAACGGCCCCCAUGUCGUCGUUCGUCAUCACGAAGCAACUGUCGAAGAAUCCGGACGCGUAUCCGGAUAAAAAGCAGCUGUCGCAUGUGAUGGUGGCACUGAGGUUGAACAAAGCUGGCGGCCGAAUGUGGAAGGCCGGCGACACGUUGCCAUAUAUCAUAUGCGAGGACGGAACCGAAGCAAGCGCGACGGAACGUGCGUAUCACAUCGAUGAAGUAAAGAAUAGCGAGAAACUGAAGGUGGACGUCAAUUAUUAUCUGCUGAGCCAAAUAUUCCCCGUGGUGCUGCGAAUUUGCGAGCCGAUCGAGGGUAUCGACGACGUCUUCUUAGCUAACAAUUUAGGUUUACAGUUCAUUUACAAACCGAAGGCGAUAGCCUGCGAGGCGACCUUGAACCUGCCAUUGUCCAUCAAUGACGAAAGAUUCGACAAUUGUGUGCCUUUAACGUUCAAAUGCAGGAAUGAAAGAUGCAACACUGAAAUAAUAAUUAAGGACACUAUAACCGAGUUCCACUCCGGUCGGCAAUUCUCGCUCAGUAUGUGCCCGAAUCAGGACUGUAAAUUGCCACCUUGGAGAUACGCAAAUGCGAUACAGAAUAUGGUUCAACUUGCUAUGAGGAAAGCGAUCGGUAAGUAUUAUAACGGUUGGUUAGAAUGCGAGAACCCGCUGUGUUCCAACAGAACCAGGAGGCUGCCGUUGGAUUUUGCAAGAAAAUUCCCGGACUGUCCAGUAUGCAAGGACAUUUCCAUGGCCAGAGUUUAUUCCGGGACGGAGCUCUACAAUCAGUUGUAUUAUUAUCACAGAAUGUUCGACAUUGGCCAGCCGAUUUAUAAACAUCUGCUGUCGCAGUGCCCGCGUGACAUGAUAGCCGCGUACAACACGCUGAAGGAGGCAAUCGACAGACAAUUGAAGCGGAACAAAUUUUCGUGCGUGAAUAUUACGGGAAUAUUCAGCAGUGUCAGUACCAAUAAUCGUACUGGAACGUUCGGUGGCGCCGGCUCGCAAGAGGACUUUGAUGACCUAGGAGAUCUGUCCGAUGACACGGAUAAGGAAAUUUAAGGAGAGGCUGAAAGUUCAAUGCAUGAAAUGUCCAUCUGUGUUACCGUGCAUGUUGAUUUGACAACAUCCGCGGGAUUUUACAUUGUCGGUUAGACUCCUCUGGAGUAAAAUCAGUUCUAAUCGCUUCGAUAAUAGAUGGUUUUUAAUACUUUUUUUUUUUUUAAUAUGUAUUAUACUAUUUAAAAUAACCAAACCUAAUUUCUAAUACAACAAUAACGUACCAAUAUACAUAAAAUUAUUACAUAAUUUAUUAUUUCUCCAGAUUGUUUUUAUAGAAAUUAUGUAAAGAAAGAAAAAAAAUGCUGAAAUGGAAUUGUGAUAUUUGCUGGUGGAACACUAGAAAAUUUCUCUAUAUAUUUUAUAACAAAAGAAAAAUAUAAAGUUACGUCGAAU